CGUGUCACUUUGGUUUCGUUAUAAAAGCAGACGAUAGUUGGGUCAAACAAUCACAGUUCACUUGCAACGUUUUCGCGAUCGAAUCCAAUCAAUCGGAGCACUCAACUGUAAACAUGAAGGGAUUCAUCGCGAUCGCCGUCCUGGCUCUAGCCGCUGUCUCCAACGGAUCAUACCUGCCAGCAGUGCAAUCGGUUCUACCGUACUCCUACAACUCAGGACUGUACGGCCUGAACGGUUAUAACAGUCUUGAUCAUUACUCUGGACUUACUGGACUGGGAUACUCCUCGGUGCUGGGUCAUGGGCCUUCCUACCCGUACUCGGCCUCUCUUCCGUACUCUGUCUACAACAACGGUCUGUACGGAGGAUACUACGGCGCCAAGGUCGCUCCAACUGUGGUCCAGGCCAACGUCAACACACUGAAGUCGGUUAGUCCUCUGGGUCUGUACGGAGGAUACUACGGCGCCAAGGUCGCUCCUACUGUGGUUCAGGCCAACGUCAACACUCUGGGUCUGUAUGGAGGAUAUGGUGUGGAGCACGGAUACGGUGUCGGUCACGGAUACGGCUAUGGAUACAACAACUACCUCCCAGUCCAGGCUCAUGCUGCGAAGUACGUUGCUGCUAACCCAGGAGCCGUCCAUGUGGCUCCUCUCCCAGGACAUCUAGUUGACCAGAAGUCGAUUGUGGCGUAA